GUUGUGGAGUGCCCGUCUGCCUUCGGUGGUCGUUUCUCCGCGCCAGCCCGCGAUGGAGAAGCAGCGGGAGGAGGAGGCCACCGGCGAGACCGCGGACUCUGGGGGGGCGGCCAGCGCGGGCGAGCUGCCACAGGCCGCCGGCGCCCGGGAGGCACGCAGUGAGGACCGCAUUAAGCUACUGCUCAGGCUAAGAGCACAGACAAAACAACAACUCUUAGAAUAUAAGUCAAUGAUAAAUGCAAAUGAAGAAAAAACUCCAGAACAAAUCAUGCAAGAAAACCACAUUGAAGCUAAAAUUGAAGACCUGGAAAAUGAAAUUGAAGAGGCAAAAGUUUCUUCUGAAAUGAAAAAUCUUGCAUUACACCGGAUGCAACUUUCAGCUGCACUUAGACAAAACCUGGAAAAAGCAGACACCAAGAGUAGUGUGCUCACCGAUGAUAUGAAACACAUAUUAAAGCUAAAUAAAUUGAUAAUGACAUCACAGCAGGAAUCCUGGGAAUUGGAGGAAAAGCUGCUUGAUGUUAGAAAGAAGAGAUUGCAAUUAAAACAAGCUUCAGAAAGGAAGCUUUUAGAAAUACAGACUGAAAAGAACAAACAGAAAGAGGAUUUGGAUAGUAUGGAGAAUUCGGACAAGAUAAAGGCCAUGCAACAAAAGUUACAAACAGAGAUACAAAUUACUACAGUUGUUCAACAUGUGUUCCAGAACCUCAUUUUGGGAAGUAAAGCCAACUGGGCAGAGAAUUCUGCCUUCAAGGAAACUGUUCUGCAGCUUGAGAAGAAUCUCACCAUGAUCUAAUCAGAAUUUUAU